CGCCGUGCCCUCGCAGUUUGUAAUACGAUUCGAGCAGUGUAGUUGAAAUCUCAACUGGGAAAGCAGAUUAUAAUUUCGUUGCUGUGCUUUUAAAGCAUUGUUUUAGGUAUUCAUGUACGUUUUUUCAACGAGACAAUUUAUAUUAUCACACUCAUGCUGUUUUGAAAAGCGCUAAGGAAAUCACUUGCUCGUUUGCUGCACUUAAAAUAUGCAGAAGGAAGGAGGACAGAGGCAAAGGCCCCGCUCGUUUGUUGGCGGUGGAAGCUUCGAGUUUGCUUAUGACAGACGUUCAGGGGGAAUAAGAGACACAGGAACGAGUGAAGAAAAUAUUGAAAGCAAACCAAGACGCCCGUUGAGUCUUUAUGAGAGCCUCAGCAAGGAUUUUUCAACUUCAAGGCAGAAUUCCACAUCGCCAACGAGGCCUGACGAUAAUAAACUGUUUGCGUCUUCGAGUGGAGGAGAAAAAGCCGAUGAUAUGAACAAGGAAAAGGUGAGAAGAAAUAGUGAGAAAGGAGAAGAUGGCCUUAGGUCUAGAAAGUUUUCAGACUCUGCUGAAACAAGGGCACUUUAUGUGGAAUUAUCAUCGCCACCCACUAAGUCUGUCGAUGAAAAAUUUAAUGCUGUCAGUCGCUUAAGAUCACUGUUUGAUCAUGGAAAUGCUGCCCCUGUGGUUCCAAGAAGUUCGUCUGCUAAUAAGACAACCCUGCCAGGCUCAGUUUUGGGUCAAAAUGGUAGACAUGGAGGAAGUCUUGUAGAUGUAAGUAAGGAAAGAAAGCAUGAGCUAGAAACAAAAAGGCCAAAAUUUGAGAAGAUUGAAGCAGAAAAAAAGAAAAAAUUAUUUGCACCACCUGCCCCUGUUAAAUUAGAUGAUCUCUUAAAAAGAGAAUCCCCAAGAAGCUCUGAAGAAAAGAUCCCAAAAUUUAGAAGGUCUUAUCCACUGGAACAUGGACAGAAUAAGGACAAAGUUGAUACAAAGGAAAGAGCUUUUCAUGUUACGCAUUCACCUCCACCAACAGAUGAAUUUGAGGAGAUGCAUAGACGACGGAGAUCUUUACCUAAGAAACGUUCUUCUUCAUUUGAGUUUGAAGGCCUAGAGGAUAAUGUUGAAGUUAUUGGAGAAAAUAAAAUUGAUAUUAAUAUGAUACUUGGUUUAGAAACAACAAAAGAAGACCCAGUAGCUGAAUCAAAAGAGGAGGAAAGUGAAACUCCUAAAGAUGACACACAAAGAACAGAUGGUGAUAUAGAAUCAUUAUCACUUGGUGAGAUAAGAUGUGAUGCAGUUGUUGAGCCAUUAGACCAACAGAUCAGUGAGAGAUCAAUUGAUAAUUCUGCACAGACAAAUAGAAAGGCUACCACGAUUGUAGAUGAUAAUGAUUGUGAACAAGAUGCAUUAGCGGAUAAAACUGAACAUUUUGAUGUUGAUGCUCCUAGGGAUAGAAACAAAGAAACAAUAGUUGAAGAAAUUUGUUCAAAAGAACAAGUUUCUAGUGAAGAGAAGCCAUUUUCUGUUGAUCAAGAAUUACAGAUAAAUGGAAAUGAUAGUUUGGCUGUGGAUGAAGAUAUCAUAAUGGCUCAGGAAGAGUGCGAUGCCGAAGCAGGGUUAGAUUUCAAUGCACUUGAUAAUUUGACAGAUAGUUAUGACCAGAGUGACUAUGUUAUGCCAGGAUAUGACAGCUUUGACUCAUUUGCCUUGAAUGUUAGAAGUAAAAAGGACAACAUUGAUGCCAAGAUUUCUGAAAAUGCCAAUGAAGAUGUAAAAAUUGGUGAAAAUGUGGUUGUUUGUACUGUAGAUGAACAGAUGCAGGAUGAUUUCAAUGAAAAUGUAGAGGAGGUUGCAGAUCAAUCAAUUGUAGAUUUUGAUAUAAAGGAUGAUACAGAUUCUUCAUUGGUUGCUGAUGAAGAUGAAAUAGUGCAUGCUGAAAAUAUUGAAGAGAAAGAGGUCAGUCAUACAGUUUCUUCAGAUUCAGAGCAAGAUUUUGAAGAUGCAGAUGAAGAAAUGAAACCCAACAAAGAAGAGUCAGUUCCAGUUUCUCAAAUGUCAAUCAUUGCUUCUGUUUCGGGUUUGACAAAAGAUGAUGAUGUAGAGGAGAAGUUAGAGGAUAGUAUUACAGAAGCUUUGGAUAAUUCUACACCAAAUACAGUUGAAUUGGAUGAUGAGUAUUAUGACAGUGACACUGGUGUUGAUGAUGAUUCAGCUGUGGAAGGUGACAGUCAGUUACUGUAUAGUUCAGUCAAUGAAACACCAGAGGAACUGGAAGAAAGUAUUGAGGAAAAUGAACAAGAGGAACAUGAAGAAGAUGGAGCAGAAGAUGACCAUGAGUAUGAUGAAGAAGAUGAAAGCACAGUUGUUGAAGCUGAAGAUCCGUUGAUGUUGCCACCUGCUCCUUCUCAUUCAUGUUUGUCUUCAGGAAAAGGAGCUGAUAAGAAGAAGAGAAAAGUUUACUUUAACAAUGAUAAGGGAAGUAUCAUCUACACAUACAGCGCUGAAGAGUACAAUCGAAGCAACAGAGAAAUUGAUGCAUUGACAGCUUCUGCAGAAUGGGAAUUAGAAAAGAGAGUUGAAGAAAAGGACAUGUUUACAGUGGAUCUUGACAAAAGAGAUGGUGGCCUUGGGUUAAGUAUCAUCGGCCUCGGCGUAGGAACAGAUUCAGGAGUCGAAAAGCUCGGAAUAUUUGUGAAAUCUCUCACUCCAAAUGGAGCUGCCUAUAAAGACAGGAGGAUACAAGUGCAGGAUCAAAUUCUCGAAGUCAAUGGAAUCUCACUCGUUGGAGUGACUCAGGAUUUUGCCGCCCACACACUUAGAAAUACGUCAGGAAAAGUCAGAUUUUUGAUGGGAAGAGACAAAACAAAGAGGCAUUACCAGGCCCCUGCCACUGGAGCUGAUCCAACACUGCAGGAUUUGGAAAGGAAGCACAAUGUGGAGUUGGAAGAAAUCCACGUUAAAAUCCGAAAGGCUGAGCAUAGAGCUGCCAUUGCUGAGCACAAUCUCGAAGAAGUCAGGCAGUCGUUACUUGAGGAGGAGGAAAGACGACAAAUUUUAGAAGAAGAACUUGAAAAAGCCAGGAAUGAGAUAGAUUAUAUGAAAGAGUCACCGUUUUAUCUACAUAAGAGUCUGAAGAACGAGAUAAAGAAACCUAAACACGAGAAGAAGAGCAGUGAAAAGAUUGAUACCCUAGAGAAGUCUUUGUCGAAGUUAACGACACAGUUGAGUUUCUCAGAGGAGAACCUUGACAAAGUUCAACGCGAAAGUGAUAACAAGAUUGAAGAGCUACAAAUCGCGCUUGCAGAGAAAGAGAACGAUUUUGAAAAUCUGCAAAAUGAAAAUAGCGAACUCGUUUCAUUGCAGAGACAAAAUGCAGAAAAACUUAGCGAGCUUGAAGAAUGUCUUGCUACUGCAAAUAAGGAUCAGGAAGGCAGGAUUGAAGAGAUACAGGAGCUCAAAGAAAGAUGUAAAUUGUUGGAAAUGGAAGUAGAGAAUUCCAGAGAUGCCAAAAUGCUGCUAGAAGACAUUGAGAAAAAGAAGGAAGUUGCAGAUUCUUCUAGUGUUGUAGAGGAAAGCUACGCUGCUGAAGUUAUGGUUGCAAACUCACAUGCGGAAAAGCUGCAAAAAGAACUUGAUCGUUUGUCUGAAGAAAUAGAGUUAAGGAACCAGUUUGCAAGUAUAAUUGUCGCUGAAAGAGACACGCUAAAAGAGCUUGUAGGAAGCCUGGAGGAGUCCUGCGAGAGCCAAAAUGAAAACUUUGAAAAGAGGGAAAUUGAGUAUGCAGUAAAGAUGAUGUCAUACGAAAACAAGAUUAAAGAUCUUGAACAAACAAUUAAUUCUUUGAAAGGGCUGCAACAAGAAAAGCCUAAACGGAAAUUGUUUCCUGAAAUUGAACAAGAAGUAGUAGUUGAAAGAACGGUUGAAGUUCAAAGUGAGGCUGUGGCUGAAAGCGCAUACGGUGUGAAUGAUGUUGCAAUGAUGGACGAAACUUCUACAGAAAUAAGAAAACCGUACGUCUUACCUCCUCGUGAUUAUGAGGUUGACCAUACCGCUGAAGCUGAAAAACAUACUGCUGUAGUGACUGCAAGCGUAGAGUCUGUGACAGAAGGACGAAGCAGAAAGGAUAGCGACUCCAGCAGCUCCUGCAGCUCCAGUUCUGAGAAGGAUGAACAGGAGACUAUUCAUACAAAAGAGGCGGAAGAAGACAAAGAGGCUGAGAAAAUUGAAAUCGAGGAAACUGUUUUGGCUGUUGCUAAAGGUGGAUCAGAGGUACCUGAAGUGGACAAAGAGGCUGAGGGAAUUGAUAGUGAGGAAACUGUUCCUAUAGACGAUGCUGAAAAACAAAUGGACGCCCCCGUCCCAAUAGUUGUCAAAGAUGUCUCUGAGCCUAACAAUACUGACAUUUCAGGAGGUCUUGAUGAUGGUGUGAACGAAAUCAAGAGUAUCGUGAACCCUGUGCAAAAGCCACCGAGAACGUACAGCGAUGUUGCGCAGGUUGGCCAAGAUAUUCACUUGCGAUCGUAUUCUUUGAAUGGUAAAUUACAAGAAACAGUUGUUCCCGAACACGAGAAAGUGGAUGAGUUCAUAGAUGUUAGCAAGAAUAUUAAAGUAAAACGCUCAUCUAAUUACAAUGUCAUUAUACAGAGCAGUUUAGUUGAGGAGUUUGAGCAAAAGCCGUUUGAUGAAGAAAUAUUAAAGGAUUUGCCGGAGUCAUCAGUUGACAGUGAUAGUGAAAUACUUGGGGGCACGAAUCAAGGGGAAGGAGGGGCAGGGUCCAAGCCAAAUAUGGAAGGAACAGCAUCUGAUCAGCCAACUGUUGUUGCCGCUGUAGAUACAGAGGUUGUUCGUUCUGAGAAUAUUGACAAUGCAGACACUAGAGCGACCGAAGGAGUGCCUUCUCAGAUUAAUGAAGACGUGCAAAGCGUAGCUGAGCAGGACAGGUCGAGCUUCUUAGAGGCUUUUAGCAAGAACCCAGCAUUUGGAAGCUGGUUCAACGGAGAAUUCACGAUUAUAGAACAGGAGAAGAAAGAUGAACAAGCGGACGAAAUAGCCUCAAAGGUUGUGGAAGGUAAAGAGAGGGCGUUGUCAUCUUCGUCUUCAUCGAGUGCAGGUUCAGAGCACACCAAGAACGAAUUGAACACAAGCCUAAAGUUGGAUGAGUCCUAUCUGCAAUCUUCACAAGUGCAGGCUGAUUUAGACGAGACUGAUUCGCCACUUAACAGACUCGAGUCGGUUGCUGUGGAGUCUCCUUUGGAAGAGCAGGCGAAAAUGGAUGAACUGACGCUAAACCAAGGUGCUCAGCGUCCUCUGUCGACAAACUUUGAUGAUUUGCCCGCAACUACUGUUUUGCCAAGUGGCGCCCAACGAGACAAAUUGAAAUUAGCCAGCGCUAUUCCAAGGAAAUCACCCAAGUCAAAACAAAAGACCAAUCAGGAAGAGACGCCAGUCACGGAAAAUCCUCCUGAGAGGCCACGAAACGCAGAACAUGCUGCUCCUUAUCAAGGUGCCGUCUCUGCAUCGACAGAAAACCUGGCCAUUGAAAUUGAUUACUCGAAAAAAGAGAAGCGCAAAUCACACUUCAACUUUUUCCCAAAAGGAAUGUUCGGCAAAAAGAAGAAGCAUAAGAAAAGUAUGGAAAACCUAUUAGCACCAGAAGAAAUGAACCCUGCCCAUGCGAAGGACGUGCCACUGGAAAAAGAAAGGGGAGGGGAGCGAGAUUCUGCGGAUGUGGAGGAGGGUGUAGUGCCUCUUGACAUGCAUGCAAGCCUUGAUGUUGUUCGGAUUAGCGCCGAUUCAGGUGUAGACACACAUGUCGUCAACGGAGUUUCCUCUGAUGCAUCUGACUCAGCUCCAUCAUCGACUCUGGCCUCGCCCGUAAUUUCACAUGCAAUGGAGGAUUCAAAUGAAAACAUUUCAGCUGCAAAGGAUCUUGAAGAUGGGCCUAGAGAUGAAUCCUUAAACUGGGCUCAAAGACCAGUAAUGGAGUGGGAUGUUAGACAGGUUGGGCUUUGGCUGAUCAGAAUGGGAAUGGAAGAGUACUCAAAAGCAUUCCAAGAAAAGAACAUCGAUGGUCAAGAAUUGCUUGGUUUGAAUGGCGCAAGGCUAAAGGAUCUUGGCGUACUGAACGGAAAUCAUAGAGAUCUGAUUAAGAGAAAAAUCAAGGAAUUUAAAGCUAACAGCGAUGGAAAACAGAGGGACUCUAAAAAGGAGGGCAAAUCAAAGGACAAAUUUAGCAAAAAAAUAUUUUGGAAGGGGAAGUAUACAGUUAAUGAGUAGCGUCGAAUUUAUAAAAUAAUUGUCCAUAGGAACGGUUUGCUAGAUGUAAAUGUUUGUUGUUUGUCGAAUUUAUUGACAGCUUGCUUGGAAUUAAAAUGUAAAAAGUCAUUGCUUGAAUUUAACCCAGAUAAUGGGACUUGAAGGAAAUUUCUUUGCACGAUUGGCAAAAGUAUUGAAACGGCGUAUAAGCAAAUGAGAAUCAACUUAAUGAAUUGUCUACUUUUGUAAACAGGUAACAGCGAUUUCAAUUAAGGCAAAUGUCGAUGUAUGAUCAAUUUGAGACACCCUUUCAGCCAAAUUGAUCCAACUUGCUUUUCUAAUUUACACUUGCAUAGCAAUUUCUGGAGUAUUACAAGCUGUAUCAUUUUGUAUUAUUCAGCCGGAAAACUUUGGAGCCCUACUAAAAUAGUCAUUUCGUUUUCUAAAGUUGCUGAAUAUUUGUCAGACACUUCUAUUUCAAGUUUCCAAAACCUCGUUAGUUACUUUCAGAUCUUUUGAGGGAAUUUUUAGUCAGCAUUGAAUGAUGUGCUGUGAUCCUUUAAGGCAAAUUGUGCUGUGUUGUAAUGCCCGCAUAAUUGCAAAAUCAUUGCAGCUCAAAACGAUAACUUUUCGAAGCACCCUUUUGAUGUAAAUUUAAUAAAAAACUAUUGGAUAUUCAGAUAAUCAGGUUUCCAGUCGGAUAAAUGUAUUUUCGUAUCGAGACAAUAUGUUCGAUUUUUAAACGAUGAUUUGUAGAGAUAUUUUAAUUUUUCGAUAAUUUUUUGAUGCUGCGAGUAUUUGUCGUUGAAAAGACCACAGAACUGAGUAAGAUUUUGAAAUAAUGUUGAAAUGUUUCAUUUGCUUUGAAGUGCAGCAGUUUUUGUAUUAUGACGUUGCAGGAGUUCGCAACUCGAACCCAGAUUACUUAGUUUUGAUAGUUACUCGUUAACAAAACAUGUCAAUUCUGUGGCUUUUUGACGGCACUUCAGCAAGACUGUUUCAUAAAGGAAUUUGAUAUGUAUGUCAUUAUGGGUAUUUUACCAGCAUUAGUUGGAUCAUUUAUAGCUUCAUUCAAGGUAUUGUGUAAUAUUCAAGAUUUUCAGUGAUAAAAAGAUAUGCUAUUAUUUAUUUGCUUUUUUGAGCUAUCAUCUGUGUAAUGAUUACCGCUGAAGAACCAAUAUUCCAAUAACAUGUAAUUUUAAAAAUACAUUUAUUUAUAUAUAUAUGUAUGUAUGAAUUUACUUUACAUUUCAACGGCAUUGGGUGAACAGCUGCACAAGGUCGAUGUCGUUAUUAAAUCGCGGGGCCGAGCCCGCGCAGGCUUCCUCCCGAAACAAUGUAGGCCCGCUUGCACAGGAACGGAUCCAACAGACGACACAAGCCUCUGCAUUUACAAGGGUUCGCUUGGAUCUGUACCCCUAAGUGCGCCGUAUAAUAAUUGGGAAUGGAUCAGAUGGACACGAUAGUUCAACGAAAACGAGGCAUAUUAUUUGACAUUAAGAAGCAUUCUCAAUGUGGCACUUUUGUUCUGUAAAUUUAAAGCUGACAGCAAAUCUCACAAAAUGUAAUUCAAAUCAGGAUAAAUGAAAUAUUUUGGAGCUUGCUUGAACGGUAAUUAUAUUCUUACCAUCAUUGCAAAGUAGCUUCUACCUACGCUUUGCACUUGCGCGUCAAAAUUUAGUAUGCUAUUUGCGCAUGCACCAAACAAUGUCACAAAAUAGGAUCGGUUCCCGUGUCAAUGUAACAUAGUUGUACCCAAAAAGUACCGACUUAUUUGGAUCUGUACAUUUUACUCUUGUUUAAACGGGGCCAUAAUCUUUUGUAUGCGUCAAAGAAGGAAAGUAUUAGAAAAGCAAAUUUACAAAUGGCGUUUGUGUAAAGUAUCUUGUGUUCUGAGAAUUAGUUCAGCCGCUUUUCUUCUUUCCCUUCCCAACCUUUGCCUUCUUUGCUUUCUUCAUGUUCUUUUUCUUUCCUUUUCUCUUUUCUUUCUUGCUUUUGUGAUAUUUUGUUGAUUUUCCGGGUGGCGUUUGAGCCUGGCUAGGGUUUUCCUGAUCAUCUUGAGUUGGUGGUGGGGCUGGCGUAGGAGGCUGUUUAGGUGGGGUUGGGGGCUGUUUUGGAGGAUUGUCUGGCUCCGGGUUUGGUGCUUCCGUUUCCGGUGGGCUUGGGGUGGUUUCUGGGGCCGGCGGUGGUGGUGGUGGAGUUUCGGGAGCUGGAGGAGGUGGUGCUGGAGUAGUAGUGUAUUGAACUGGGAGUGGAGGGGGUGUUGUCUCGUAUUGUGGAUAAGGCGCUGGCCCUUGUGCUACCGGCGCUGCGUCUCUUGGGGCACAGCAAAUGAAGUUGUCGUCGUCUGGGCAUGUGCCAUCGACCUCAUCGAAGCCUUCACCGGUGCUCUCACACGACUGUCGAAUUCCAAUGCAAAAUGUUCGUGGUCCUGCACAGUUCGUCCUGCAACAUCGUCGUGAUCCGCAUACACCACCGUCUUCAACGUCUUCUGUUCCGGUGUUGCAGUUAGUUGAACAUCCAGAUAUGGCUCCAAAACGGUCGCAUGUUCUGGAUGCAACGAAACCUGUCGUCGAAUGACAGUGGAUGUUUCAUUGUGUAUAAGGUACUGAUGAAAUCUGCUUUGAAAAUGUAGUUGCUAAUAAUGAAUCGACCUUUCUUCUUUUAAGAAAGAAAUAUAUGAGCUCAAGGUUCUUACAAAUUGAGCACAAUAUUUUACCUACGUAUCAAAUCAACGGAUAGAUGAACACGUCCUUGUACACAAUCAUACUGUUUCGUUAAUUGAGAGGUUUCAUAAUGGAAUCGAAUUGCUUUGAAAAGGCCGCACCAUUUUGGCGUCACUUUUAGUUUCUUAUUCUACUAUCAAUCACAUGACUCCAAUCAACACACCUGUCUAAUCAACCAUUUAUGCAUAACUUUUAGUGUGUCUAAAUAGCUACUUGAAUAUCCCUCAUUUACCCUGCCGCACGUGCAUGCAAGUCUCCGGCCCACAUACGGAGAAUCAAAUUGUGAAAGGCAAAAAGCCUGAAUGUACUUCAAUUAUACAGCUUCUUUUGCGCUGAUUGGAGGGGGGGGGGGGUGGAGUGAAAUGGGAUAAAAAAUGAAUAACUCCCAGUCGAGGUUGUAUGGGAAUUCAAUAAGCAAGAAACGACAGAUACAUUGCUGAUUUCUUCAAAAUACGUCCAACCGAUCAUUGAUGUUCACUAAGUCAUGUUUCGUAAUCAAACAUUUACGAGGGAUAAAAUUCAAGAUGCAGUGCACCAAUCAAGCCUUAUUGAAGAGGUAAACUUGCUCAUUUGUCUAGACUUCUUCAAGAGUAUCUUCCUACGGUAUAACGAACUCCCGCUAUUACGAACUUAUUAUGAACCGAAAGAGUUGAAAGCAAAGUUUUUACGAUUAAUAAAAUUCGCCUUUAGACUCAAAUAAUUCCAUUGUUGCUGACUCUUCACUCGUCAGGAAAUAGGCAAGACAACUUUCGCUCUUUGAUCUGUGUAAUGAAAAUCAAACAUUAUGGAGCACUGAUGGAGCCAGGACUCUUCUUAAGGAAUGCAAAAUUGAAAAGUUUGCGUUAGACAUGGAAAUAUGAAUUGGGUUAAAUAAACUCACCGACGCACAAUGUAAGUGCUAGCACUUGAGCAAGAUAGGUAUUCAUUUUUGGACUCUGAAAGAAAAUGAAAGUUUUUUGAAGCUGAAACAAUGUAAGCAACUGGAAAUCCGAAAAGACCAUACUUAAGGAUAUCUGUUUGUUUCCUACAAUUGUCUUUAUUUUCCAAUGUUUCUGGGUUUUUUCAAGUAUCACAAGAAUUGUGGUAAAAAUUGUGCUUAUAAUAUUUAAGGAGACAUGCCCAUUGAGCGUAGGAUCUAAACAAAAGUGUUGGAAUUGGUCCGACUAUCACGUAAAAUUGAAAUAUAACGAUAAGAUAAAAGUUUAUUCUAUGUUGCCAAGAAGGAAUUAUUACAAUCAAUUAUUCCUGGCAAGAGCCGAAAGGAGAUGGUGUAAAAAGCUUACAAAUUAAUAGUGACAGGUUUAUUCAUUUGUUUACAAACAUAUCACUGCUCUUUAAGAGAAAAAAUACUCACAUUUCUGCAAUUGAAUUUCCGUGGUUUCUUUUCCGCUACAGACUUUUCAUUACUGUGUAUACCGCGUGAUUUGAUGUCCUUUUUGCCAAAACUAGCCUAACAGUUUUCAAUAAUAUUGUCAAUGAAUUUGAAAUGAUUCGAAUUUCUGCAACAGGUAAACCCACACGCUUCAACGGGUUGUGCGGCCUAAGCCAGAUUGGAAGCCAAAAAACCAGUUUUAAGUGGCGAUUCUGCUAAAACACCCAUUUGUAUCAAACAAUAUUAUAAAACACGAGUAUCCUAAAAAAAUUUGAACGAAUAUUAGUGUAACAUUUGCCUCAAAUUUAACAAACUUCUUCAAUUUUUUUACGUUUCUUCCAGCAAUUAAGGGUUAGCUGCAAGCAUUUAAACCGGAGUAAACAGGAUAGUCCUUGCUACGGGUACCCUCUGCUUGUAGUCAGGAACACCAGAGAAGGGGGGGGGGUCAACUGCCCCUGUUGCAUAAGUGCCUAACCAGAUACCAGAUAGGUUAAUGUAGUGUAACUAGUGUUUUGUAGAGUUAUCUAAUGUAGAGUUACUUUGCAUGCAAAUUAUAUAUAUUUAAAUUGUAUUUGGCAAUGGUUUAUGAUAAAAUAAAAUGAAAUGUAAGAUGAAUGUUAUCGAGGCUACCGACGCUUUUCAUUGGUGUUGUUGUUGCUGUUGUUGUUGUUGUUGUUGUUGCAAUUGUUGUUUUUCCGCCCGCUUGCUUCAAAUUCAAAUAGACGCAGUCAUGCCGAAAAUGCUAUCUGAAACGCACUGCCUCGAGAACAAGAGUGAGUGGCCAGAGAACAGAUUCGGUUCUGUUAGGCAAAAAGAAAUUUAAAGAAUCAUCAGUGCGCCACAUGAAAAAUAUCAUCAGAUUCGAAAUGGGUGUUGUUGGGUUUGUAGGAAUCGUUUCAUUUUUAUUUCUAGAAAGAGUUAUAGCUGAUGAAGGCUUUGUUAAUGUCGGCCAAAAACCUAUUGAAGUGAAAGGGGCAAAAAAUGAAUCUGAAAUGAUAUUAGCGAUUGUUUCCACGUGGCGUGGACAUUCUGAUUCCUGGGCAAACUCGUGGCUUCGGUACCACAUUGGCAUUGGAUUCUCUCGGUUUUAUUUGUUUUUCGACGACCCUGUGGCGGACAAGGAUUUGAUCAAGAGUCUGAGCACAGCAUCUGAGUACAAGCCUUUCCUCACUAUUAUCAAAGUCGAUAAUGCCUAUCGGAAACGGUUUUGGACCCCGGACGAGAGUAAAAAGUCCAAAGAUCCGGAACAAUUACUUUUACCAAGGCUUGGGGUUUAUUUAAAAACAGAUCACACAUCUCGUCAGCAGCUCAAUGUUGCCCGCGCGGGCGUGAUGGCAAAAGCGGACGGCGUCAACUGGCUUUUGCACAUGGAUGCGGAUGAAUUAUUUUGGAUCGAGCGGCUCAAAUCUGGCAUAGCGCGGUCGUUUUUCAAACAAUUGCAUAACCGCAAAAUAACACAUUUGACGUUGAUAAACGACGAAAUGAUCCCGUUAACACCCGAGUUUGAUUUUAAAAAUAGGAAGAAGGACCCUUUUCACCAAAGAAUGCAUUUUAAGAGAAAUCUCAUGGCAUUGAAUAAGCCCGAAGAAAAUGACCUUGCGCAACAUUACGAGAGGUCCAAAGGCGCGGCAUUUUUCUUAGGUUAUAUGUGCGGAAAGGGAGGUAUAAAUGUUGAAUUGUGGAGGCGAAUUAUGGGAGAGAGUAUGCCUAUCAUGCCACUAGAUGUGGUUGCAUUCGCACUGAGUUCUUGGCAACCAGGAAUGUUACGCUGAUAAACAAAGAUCCUGGUAAGCCUCAACCGUAUAUUUCUUCAGAAAAUGUGAAAAUAUUUGUUUCAACUACAGUCGCUCGUGUUCUUCAUUACGUUAAUCCGUAUUUUGCUGCACUGAAAAAGAAGUUUGGCCAGUUAAAAAAGUUCAAUAGGUAUAUUUACGACAUCGCCAUCGUCCCCGAAAAGCGGAAAAAGGAAUUUGAAAAAUGGAAAGAAUAUUGGGCCCCAGCUGAAUCCAUGCCUAGUGGUGAGUUUUACAUGGAGAUGUGGUCAAGUGUUCAGAGGACUCUGCAAACGAAUAACGACAAGUAUGCCCUCGACUUUUAUAUCCGUGCUGCGAUGGCUCCACAAAAGAAAGAGUUGCAAAAGUAUUUGAAGAAAGGUGUCAUUUACAAAAAUAAAGACGCUUAUCAGUUCUUGAAGGAACUUGAUAAACUGACAAGUAAACAAAGGAAAGAUAAGGACGAGUUAUUUUUGGAGAUUUCAGCCGGUAUUAAAUUUGUGGAUGGAGGCAGUGGCAAAAGAAAGGAGAACAGGACGUAUGCUGUUCAUGAAUGUAAAGAGAAAGGACCUCAUUUUUUCUGUGAUAUCGAUGAUUGCUGUGGGUUUGUUAGUAAACCUCAAUUCACAUUUAUGAAGCGUCUGCUUGGCUACGUAAGAUAUGAAAGGAUGCAAUGGUGGAAGCCUGGCAUUCGCUGGCCACAAUGAGGCUAGCAUAAAACGAGGAUGACGAGAAACGAGGCAGACGAGAAACGAGGCUGACGAGAAACGAGGCUUGUGGAAAACGAGGCUUAAUGGAUAUGUGAAAUGAUUAUUAAGACAUUAUCCUAAUUGAAAUUGAACUUCUGCUUAUGCAAUGAAAUAUCCACUCAAAUUUUAAUUAAUGUUGACAAAAGUUGCAGUCAGUUAAAUGUGAAUCUAAAAUCUGCUUGGUAUGGACCGUUGUGAAUUGCGAGUUGUGAAUUGCGUUAAUCAUGUAUCCCAACAUGACAUCGGUAUAAAGAAUUCUCUUUUUUCUAAACACGAUUGUCAGGAGCAGAUAUGCAAAGAUGCAACUUUUUAGAAAAUCAACACAAGUAAAGUAGAAUUCUUAUCAUUCCACAUUGCUUUAAAUACUAUUUUUGAAAACAUUCUCCCUGUAAACAACAAAAAACUUUCGAUCUUAGUUGAUUAUUUCCCAUUCGUCCGACGUAAAUGAUCGAUUCUAGAACAGAGCUAAACCGCACCUAACUCAAAAGAGUCGCAACCAACUUACCAUAUCGUCCAGAAAUUCAGCAGCAAAUUUUUUUCUCGAAAUAUUUCUUUCUUAUACACAUGUUGAGAACAGUCAAUAUAACCCUCAGGAUAAUGAACAACCUCUCACGUGACAUACCAAUGUACUCGGCGAAGGGUCAUCCUCAGGUUUCAUUUUAUUCUUAGUAUGAAUAUAUAUUUUUGCCUUUAUUCUUGUUUUGCAAUGUUUUGCUUUUCUAGUUUUAGAUUAAUAUUCACAAUUUCAUCAUACACUUAUUUAUAUCGUAAAAUUUCAUAUUGAGUAGCAAAAAAUCCGGUGCCGAAAGUUUCGGUGGAUUAAUUUUCGAUGGAAAAACUUUCAGUCUUCUUUUUAAAAUUUCGGUGUAAAUUUCGGUGAGAACUAAAAAAAUUUCGGUGGAAAGAAAAGGUUUCGAGGAAUAAAGAAAUGAAGCACUUCUACGUUAUUUUUAUCUUCAACGUAAUAUUAUCUAGAACGCAGUCAUAAUGGAACAAAAAACGAAUUUUUUAAUGGCAGCCUAAUGAAUGGAACUGAAGGGCAGGCAAGAAUGUCAAAAUUUCUUAUUUAGAGAAGGUCUUUUAUAUUUCCAUAUUUAUUACCUAUGGAGGAAAAUUAAUUGGAAGCGUUUACUGUUCGCAAUAUUUUAAAAAUUCUAAUCGGUUGUGUGCUAAAAAUUGCAGCGUCCUACAAUUGAAACUGCUGGAGCGUCUCUCAAAAAAAUUGAGAGAAAUUGUAAACAGCCAGUAGAAGCAUCCGCUCAGCUCAUAGAAAACUCAAAUUUCUUGGAUGUAGGGGGCGCCCGGAGGAGUUGGGACUACAAUAGGCAGAGGACGGAGGUGCGCCAUUUUUUAAUAUGAAACAUACCCUAAAAUUUAUAAAUUUUUCAAAAAACCCUACCCCAAAACCUAGAUACAAUAUGAAAUACAUAUCCUUGAAAUUAAUUCAAAUUUGCAAACAUCCAACAACUCAAUAAAGUAAAGGAAAACAUAUUACCUUUCUUCAACAAUUAUACCCCAAAAUUAAGGUCAUGUCCAUGCUCCAAGAAAAUUGUGUUCCAAAAAUGGCACAUCUCUUACCAGUGUACAUGGAUAUUUAUUUCUGGUUGCCCUGCUUCAUCGAAAAUGAAUCCCACCAAAAUUUUUGCCACUUAAUGUAGACAAUUUUUAAAAACUAGUAUGUCAAAGCUUUUUACUUUGUUAUUUUUCAAUAUUUUGGAUGUACUUGGUGCAAUGGUGCAGUAUGAUACUAAUUGCUGAUGCUGGCCCA